CAGUUCUAGUGCCAAUAUUCGUUAAGCUAUGGCAGAUUUUGGUUUGGACAAUGAUUUCGAAUCGGACGAUAGUUUUUUCGACGAGCCUAAAGUAGCGAAAAAAUCUCAACCAACAAAAACUGCCAACAAAAAGUCUCUAGAAGACCUUUUUGGCUUUGAAGAUGGAAAGAAAUCGGAGAAGAGUGGCCCUAACAGUUUUGAAAAUGUAUCAGACAAACCCAAGGUCCGUUUCAAUGUAGACACACCACCUGAAAAGCCCGCGCCAGAAACAUCAAAAAAUAAAAAUCUGGAUUGGUUGGGUACUGCUGAUGACACACAAAAAGACCCAUUACCAUCAGCAAAAGCUCCUAAACCAAAAUCCGAUAUUUUUGAUGAUACAAAAUCUGAUAGCAAAAAGUCCUUUGAUCUCCUAGAUGAUAUAUUGCCUCAAAGAGGCCGACGAAACGAACAAGCUAAAACCACUUCUUUUGAAGACAUACUUAAAGAGAGUAAAGCUCAAAGGAGCGGACCAAGUAGCUUGGAUAGAAGCGGUCCAGGCUCUCUGGAAAAGCCCCUUGCUAAGACUGAAAGUUUAAACGUGAUUUUAGAACCUCCUGUAGGAUCCAGACGUGGCAGGAUGGGUUCGGGAACGGGAGUCACUGAUAUGCUAGGCCUAUUUGGUUCAUCUGGAUCAGCUUCCAGUGAGUUUUUAUCAAAACCAAGUAUUGAAGAAACUAAAGUAACGCCAGUAGUGAGAGGUUUGGCUCAUGACGUUCCUGAUUGGCUAGGAAGAAGCGCAACAACAACUAGUAAAUCAGAAACUACCAUAUCCACUGAAAUUAAAGAUUCUGAUACAGAUGUACAUCAAGAAGAACAAGUGCAAAAAGCGAAAGAGUCUAAAAUGGAAAAAUCUGCUACAUUAGCCACCAAUUUCCAAACUAACAUGUCCAAUCUACAAACGCAAGAAUCAUUUUUGCUAGUUUCACUUCAACUGAAAAAAUACGAAGAGAAUUUAUCCGAAAUCAAAAAUCAGCAACAAGAAAUAUUGAGGAAACAGGAAAAUCAGUUUGAUAAAUUCUUCAACAAAUACAUUGAAAAGCAAAAAGAUAUUGAAGAAGAAAUGUUGGGACAACAAGAAAGAAUCAAUGAUCACAUAAGAAUGUUAACUUUAAAGGGAUUUGAAGGAGAAAAAAGGUUUCCAAAAGAGGUUACUGAAAAUGAAGACAAUGGAGAAAAAAAUGAAAACACACAAUUAGAAAAAAUAAUUCAAAGUUUAAAACAAAGACACGAAGAAGAGUUUUUCCUUAUGGAGGAAUCAUAUAAAAAACAAAUUUCACUUAUGGAAAAAUCCUCCGAACAAUUAGAACAUCGCUUAAGCCAAGAAAUUGAAAACAUUUCCAAACUUCACACAGAAAAGCUUGAAAACUUAAAAACGCAACACAAAGAAGAAAUAAAUUUCUGGACAGAAAAAAUCGAAAAUCUAAACCAAAAGCACAAAGAAGAAUUAGACAUUGUAAGAGAAAAUCAAAACCGAAUAAUACGAGAAGUGAAAGAUGAGUUCCUGGAUCAGAUUGAGCGGUUCAAAGAGCAAAAAAUUAGAGAAACUGAUUUAUUUGCCAGUAGCUCAGAAGUGUCCCAAAAACUUGAUUCAAGCAUGGAAAAACUACAUAAAAACGAAGAAAUGUUAGAACACAUUCAAGAAAAAAUCGUCAACGAUUACAAUAUUUUGAGCGUAGCCAGAGAACGUUCAAUAGAAAAUAAAGAAAAAGAAAUUCUAGCUAUGCGAUUAGCAUUGGACAAAUGCAGAGAACAAGCUGAAAAAGAUCGCUCUCAACUUUUAGCACUCAUUCGAACUCUAGAACAAAAAAUAUCCGAACAAAAUCAAAAUGCUCAAGAAGAAAGAUGGGCAAUGCAGCAAGCUGCAGCUACUUUGGCAGCUAGAGCAGCUGCCUUUGAUAGGGAAGUGGAUUUUAGCAGGGCUUCAAUUGAUAGAGAACGUGAACAACUUAAGAGUUUUAAAGAAACUCUUUUGGCCGAACAAGAACAAGUUACUAUGCAGCUGACGGAAGAAAAAUUGAAGCUUUCAGCUGAAAAAUCUAGAAUUCAAGUAUCUGCUAAAUUGGUAAGCAAUUAUGAGGUCGAGAAAGUAAAGACUGAGGCUGAGACUGCUAUACAAGUUGCUAAAGAGCUUACUGAAAAGCUUAAUUUGGAAAGGAGCUUUGUUCAGCGGCAGAAAGUUGAGUUGGAUAGUUUUAGAAAUAAGUUAAUGGAAAAAGAACGGGAACUAUUAGAAAAAGAGGAAACUUUGGAAGAAGUUAAGCGCACAGUGCAACAAAAAACCAACGAAGACAGACGAGUCAUACAAGAAACUAGACACUUAGAAAUUAGGUACAAAGAAAAACUUUCAGAACUUCAAAAGCAAGCCAUAUCUUUAUCGAAUCGUGAGAAAAAACUUGCAGAAGAAAAGCUGCUGAUUUCCAAAGAAAGGCUAACUUUAUACACGACAAUCAAAACACAAAAUGCUUGUAAAAAAUGUCCGCUGUGCAUAGCAGAAGACGAAAAAGUAAAUCACAAAACUGAACUGUCAGGAUAUCCCGGUACAGAUUCAGAUAUUGUCCGGCUAAGAAUGGAAGCGCUGGAAGACGAGAGGAACAGUGAAGUUAGCAGAGAAGAACCAAGUUCAAAUCCGUUUUAUAAUAAAUAGUUUAUAGUUUGUUA